CCGCCAUGGCCCCGCUGCCCGUCCCGCUGCCCGUCCUGCUGCCCGUCCUGCUGCCCGCGCUGGGGCUGCUGCUGCCCGCCGCCACCCUGAGCCCCCCCGGGCCCGAGCAGCUGCUGGUGCUGACGGUGGCGACGGAGGGGACGGAGGGUUACGAGCGGUUCCUGCGCUCCGCACGGCGCUUCAACUACUCCGUGCAGACGCUGGGGCUGGGCCAGGCCUGGCGGGGGGGGGACGUGGCGCACACGGUGGGGGGGGGACAGAAGGUUCGGUGGCUGAAGGCCGCCAUGGCCGGGCUGCGGGAACGGCAGGACCUGGUGGUGCUUUUCGUGGACAGCUAUGACGUGGUGUUUGCGGGGGGCCCCCGGGAGCUGCUGGCCAAGUUUUGGGGGGCGGGGGCGCGGGUGCUGUUCUCGGCCGAAGCUUUUUGCUGGCCCCAGGAGGGGCUGGCGCCCGCGUACCCCCCCGCGCCGGGGGGGAAACCCUACCUCAACUCUGGGGGAUUCAUCGGCUUCGCCCCGACCGUGUGGCGCCUGGUGGAGCGGUGGCGCUUCCGCGACGACGACGACGACCAGCUCUUCUACACCCGCCUCUACCUGCACCCGGGGCUCAGGGAGGAGCUGGGGCUGGCGCUGGACCAUCACUCCCGCAUCUUCCAGAACCUCAACGGCGCCAUCGAUGAGGUGGUCCUCAAGUUCGAGCCGGGGCGCGUGCGGGCGCGGAACGUGGCUUAUGACACGCUGCCCGUCGUCAUCCACGGGAACGGCCCCACCAAGCUGCAGCUGAACUACCUGGGCAACUACAUCCCGGCCGGGUGGAGCUACGAGGGCGGCUGCGGCGACUGUGACCUUGACCUGCGGCCCCUCGAGGGCGUCCCGGAGGAGGAGCUGCCGUGGGUGCUGCUGGGGGUCUUCGUGGAGCAGCCCACCCCCUUCCUGCCCCAGUUCCUCCAGCGCCUCCUGCACUGGCGCUACCCCCCCACCCGCCUGCGCCUCUUCCUGCACAACAGCGAGGUGCACCACGAGCCCCACAUCGCGGCCAUUUGGCCUCGCCUGCGCCGGCGCUUCGCCUCUGCCAGACUCGUGGGGCCCGAGGAGGCGCUGGGGGCGGGGGCGGCGCGGGACAUGGGCAUGGCGCUGUGCCGGCGGGACCCCCAGUGCCAGCACUACCUGAGCCUGGACGGGGACGUGGCCCUCACCCACCCCGGGGCCCUGCGCGCCCUCCUGCGCCAGAACCGGCGGGUGCUGGCCCCGCUGCUCUCCCGCCCGGGGCAGCUCUGGUCCAACUUCUGGGGCGCCCUCAGCCCCGAGGGCUUCUACGCCCGGGCGCAGGACUACGUCGACAUCGUCCAGGGCAAGCGACGGGGGGUGUGGAACGUGCCGUACCUGAGCCACGCCUACCUGGUGGGCGGGGCCGCGCUGCGCGGACAGCUGGGGGAGGGGCCCGUGUUCACCCGCCCCGACACCGACCCCGACAUGGCGUUCUGCCGCCACGCCCGCGAGCGGGGGCUGUUCCUGCACGUGACGAACCGGGAGGAAUUCGGGCACCUCCUGGUCACCAGCGGCUACAACAGCACCCGGCGGCACCCCGACCUGCUGCAGCUGCCCAGUAACCCCCGGGACUGGGAGGAGAAGUACCUCCACGAGAACUACAGCCGCAUCUUCGAGGAGAACCUCUACGAGGAGCCCUGCCCCGACGUCUACCAGUUCCCGCUCUUCUCGGAGCAGCUCUGUGAGGAGCUGCUGGACGAGGUGGAGCACUACGGGCGCUGGAGCCAGGACCACCACGAGGCGGGGGCCGAGGCCGUGGCCCUGGGCCCGCUGGGGCUGGAGCCGGCCUGGCUGGGGGCCCUGCGCCGCUUCCUGCCCCCCGUCACCCGGAAGCUCUUCCCCGGGUACCACCCCAAGGGCCGGGCCGUGCUGAGCGCUGUGGUUCGGUACCGCCCCCACCCCCCCGCCCCGCCCCCCCCGGCACACGGCCCCCCCACGGCCACCAUCAGCCUCAGCCUGGCCCUGAGCCCCCCCCAGGUACUGGGGGGCACUGGGGGGGGGGCCCCCCCAUAA